AUGUUAUCAAGCACUACUGGUUCUUUUAUGAGCAGCCCUAUAAAAAGACCAGAAUUCAAGGAGAAAUUUGUUGAAAUCAGCGAGGAUCUGUUUAGAGGAGUCAGCUUGUAUAUAACAGAUGCCCAGAAAACCGGCUUUUGGGACAACUACCUCAUACUACCUGUGAAUACAAAAUGCAUCACCCGCUUAAUACAGAACAAAUCGGAAGAGAGCCUAUUCGAUGUGAAGCAGAAUCUAGGAGACCUUUUUCUAGCGUGCCUGGAAAAGCUAGAAUUGUCAGACCUAACGCAUAGCGAAAAGACUCGCCAAUUGAAUGCUAUUGCCAUCUUGACCGCCCUGCUUCGAAACCUGUUUAGCAAAAAACGAUUAAAUCAUUUCAACAUUAUAUCUAUUCUCACUGGACUCGAUGAAGCAGAUGUCUUGUUCUCAAAACUAGUGAAGGCGAUACAACAUCAUAUUCAGGAACCAUCCACACGAUCAGAUACAUUGCAACUCGCUCUGGUACUGGCUGCUGGUAGUGAUAAUGUGAAUCAAAAUGGGUUGAAUGGCUAUUUCAUGUCAAAUGACAUGUCGAUGACCUUGUUCAAUGUGCUGGCUGAGGACUCGACAGAGACAGUAAAUGAAAAUGACCAUCGAGAUAUUGUCAUGCUACUGGGCAUGCUGUCAAAUUACAACAAGUAUGAAUCCAGGAACCCCUAUUUAUCGCACCAGAAAAAGACAAAGCAGACAAAGGCAUUGGAGAACAUCAUUCACAUGUACACGGUUACCUUGACCAGCUUACGAAGUCGCUACAUAGAGCUGAAUGACGAUGAAGAGACACUGUCAAAAUCAGUAGUGACAUACAUGUCGAGGCUAUUCUACUCAUCGGCUCCUGCUGCACCCACCGAAGCAGAAAAUUCAAAAUCAUUAUCAGCAUUACCAUCUGCACAAACAGCAUUACUCUUACCCCUCUUUGAUCUCAUCAAUGGCAAUCCGUAUUUUAUCCACACCAUCGUCAAUGUGUGCUCCAAAAUAGAUUCUGAAUCAUCCACAACACCCUCAAGUACAAAAAGCACACUGUUGACAUCUCUUAUUUCAUUUGCUUCGUAUUUGUUUGAGAAUAAUCGAACGGAGCGCACCAGCAUCUAUGCCAGACUCUUGUUGACCAUCUUGCUUCGAUUGACAGAAGAGAAUUCAAUCAUGAACUACAUUGCAAGAGAUGGUUCUGCUGCUGCUGUGCGUCUUUGUCGCCAAAGGCCUCCUCUACUUCCUUUGAAUAAGUCAAGCCGGCCUCUGUUUUGUACCAUCUUGGAUGACAUGCUUUUAUUUAUUCGACACAACAUUAGAAAGAAACUCGAUUUGACUUCAUACAAACUGGCAUUCUCCAUCAUGCAUCGAAUUCUCAGUUUUGUCAGUAAACACAAGAUCAGACUGAGCUAUCACUGGGUUGAAUUAUGGCCUUCUCUCACUUCUACACUGCAUUUCACUGCACAACGAUUAGAAGAACUGCGGUUUAAGGAAGAAUUUUCUCUAUUUAUAGCAUCAUUUGUAAGUGUGUUCAACAUGUGUGUUACUCAUGGAGAAACAUUCCUAUCAGACACCAAGAGCUAUGAUAGUCUCUACUAUGAGAUUAUCAGAGCAACAACUGAUUUCAUCAAACUAUCAGACUAUGUGAAUCAAUCUGUCAAUCUGAAAGCCAGAGCAGGCGAAAGAACACCAUCUAUUACACAAAAUGAAUUUUACAAUAUCAAAUUGAUUUGUAACCAUUUCAAGCCUGCUUUGGAUGAAUGGCAAGCUGCUAAAAAUGUCAAGUUUCCAACGCCUGAGCAAGUAAUGGCCAUUAUCAGCGAAAAGUAUGCUACACUGGAACUCAAACCAAUGGACAAGUUGGACCUGUAUGUAGCAUUUAAUGAAAUACCAACAGAAAUGGGAUUCUUUCGCCAGGUGCUUCGUGUCGUAGUGAUUGAUUAUCUUGAAUACUAUGCAUCAAAGAUAUCACCAUAA